AUGGAUCGCAAGAGUGUAUCUCCGGGACAUUCUGACGUGAAGAGAGAAGGCAACGUGGAAGUUGCGGACAGACUCAGUGCAGGCGGCGUGAGUGGUGGGUCACUGCUUCCGUUCAAUGCAGUGUCAUGCCCGGCACAGAGGAAAAAUGCACGCGGUGUGGCCUAUCAAAAGGACGUUGUCACAAGCAGGUACUCAUCGAGUGUUGCUUGCGCUGCAGAGCGGGAAGUAGUACGCGAAUGCAUGGAACUAUUGAAGAAGUCGUUCGGCAUUGGUCAACAAUGUGGAUGUGCGAAUGCGAAUGCAAAAAGGAAGGCAAGUGUAAAAAAGGAAGACAACGAAGGAGGGGCAACACAAGACGCAGAGCAAGGAGCGGGAGGGAUGGAAGGGAGACAAACAAGUUGGGAGGAGAGGGAUGAGCAACAUUGUGCAGGCUAUUAUGGUGUGGACUGGCUGCUUACGCUUUACGUUGAAGGACGGUGUAGUCAGGUUGGUGGCAUCAUCGCAGGAUCUGAGGCCCAGCACGGGCAUCGCAGCAGUGGGUUGGAGAGACGAGUGAAGUGA